AUGACGAACGACAGCCGUGUCAACGCUUUCAACCUCGAAACCUGCGCCAGGCCCAACAUCCUGGCCCUACAGCCGUACCGCUGCGCCCGCGAUGACUACAAAGAUGAUGGCACCAACAUCCUGCUCGACGCGAACGAGAAUGCCUAUGGCCCCGGCCUAGCUCUCGAGGGGAACGGAAAGCUCAGGAAUGGCGUCUAUGGCAUGGAAGACAACAUCGAGGUCGAUUUCCUCGGCCUGAACAGAUACCCCGACCCGCACCAGAUUCCCCUCAAGGAACGUCUCUGCGAUCUGCGCAACACGAACCACCACACGCAAACCGAACUGCGCCCUGACAACCUGUUCGUUGGUGUUGGAUCCGAUGAAGCCAUCGAUGCUCUGCUGCGCGCUUUUUGCGUGCCCGGGAAGGACAAGAUCCUGACGUGCCCUCCGACUUACGGCAUGUACAGCGUGUCCGCGCAGACGAAUGAUGUCGGCAUUGUGAAAGUGCCCCUCAUCGCCUCGCAAGACUUCGCUCUCGACGCCCCAGCCAUCAAUGAGGUUCUCAGCGGGCCCGAGGGUGCCAACAUCAAGCUGGUCUACAUCUGCUCGCCCGGCAACCCGACCGGCGCGCUGGUUUCCAAGUCGGCCGUCGAGCAGGUCCUGACGCACCCGACCUGGAACGGUAUCGUGAUAGUAGACGAGGCCUACGUCGAUUUCGCCGCCGAGGACGCCAGCCUGGCUCAAUGGACGACCGUGUGGCCUAACCUCGUCGUGAUGCAGACUCUCUCCAAGGCCUUCGGCCUAGCAGGCAUCCGUCUCGGCGCUGCCUUCACGUCCCCGCCAAUUGCCCGCAUCCUGAACAGCCUGAAGGCACCGUACAACAUCUCGAACCCUACGUCUCAGAUUGCGCUUCAGGCGCUGAAGCCCCGCCACCUGGGAGUGAUGCACAAGAACCGCGAUGCUAUUCUCCAACAGCGCAGCAGGCUGUUGCAAGAGAUGCCCCAGGUGCCAGGCGUCGGACGUUUCCUGGGCGGCCAGGAUGCCAACUUCCUGUUGGUCGAGUUCUUGAGCGCACCGAAGGAGGAGGGCGGCAAGCCGGACAAUGAGGUCGCGCUGAAAGUGUACGAGGCGCUAGCUGAGGAGAAGGGCGUCGUGGUGCGUUUCAGAGGCAAAGAGCUGGGUUGCACGGGCUGCCUGCGGGUCACCGUGGGCACUGAGAAUGAGUGCACCCGUUUCCUGGACAGCCUGUACCAAGUGCUGAGUAGCAUCUACGCUGGCAAGAAGACGACCAACGGUACGAACGAGGAGCAAAGAGAGCAGGCAGCAAGCAAUGUGAUUGCGUGA